AUACUAUGAAAUUGACAGUGCAGAUUCCUGUAAUAUUAAAAAGUAAUUUUAUGUUUUUGUAGUAUAAAAUCCAUCAAAAUUAAACGUUUGGUGAUAUUAAUUCUUCUUGCGAUGGCUUGGCGUUCUCACGGCAAAUCCAAUGCCGAUAUGGUGAGGAAUUUAAAAGCAAAUGGUAUAAUUAAGAGCGAUGUAGUGGAGGCGGCGAUGUCGGGGGUUGAUAGGGGUCAUUACUCGAGAAAUUCGCCUUAUAUGGAUAGUCCUCAGGGUAUAGGUUACGGGGUUACCAUAUCGGCUCCUCACAUGCACGCCCAUGCUUUGGAGUUGUUAAGAGAGCAUUUGGUGAGGGGCACAAGGGCUUUGGAUGUCGGUUCUGGUAGUGGUUACCUGACGGCUUGUAUGUCUAAAAUUUUAGGACCAAAGGGGGUGGCUGUAGGUAUAGAUCACAUUAAAGAGCUUGUGGAUAUGGCUAAUAACAAUAUCCGGAGUGAUAAUCCAGAUUUACUGGAUAGCGGGCAAGUUUUGUUGGUUAAGGGAGAUGGUAGGUUGGGUUAUGCCGAAAUGGGGCCCUAUGAUGCUAUACACGUUGGGGCAGCAGCCCCCACUCUUCCAGAACCUUUGGUUGAUCAAUUAAAAGUAGGGGGUCGAUUAAUUAUUCCUGUGGGAACUGCAAGGGGUAAUCAACAACUGGAACAAAUCGAAAAAAUGGCCGACGGUUCAAUAUCCAGAAAAACCCUAAUGAGGGUGAUUUUUGUUCCUUUGACAGAUAAAACAAAACAAUGGCCGACAGAAAAUUGACAGUUGGUAUUGAUAAUGUCACUAACUUUGACAGUCAUAGUUGCUUUAUGCAAAUUUUUGUUUGAUAUUUAAUGAAAUGUAAAUUUAUUUAAUUUUUAGGAUUGUUGAAUAAUUUUAUUUAGUUAUUUUACUUAUGUAAGGUUGUAUAAUAAAUAAAACAAAGUUUCUUUAAAAAAUUGUGCAUUUUUAAAAAGUUUAAAUUCAGUCUAACAAUAUAUUGAUUUGGUAUGCAAUAAAUCAAAAAAAUAAUACAUAAAUAAAUCUUCAUAAUAAUUUGUGGUUUCUUAAAACCAAACAGUGAAUUACAACACAUACAGAGUGUUUUCUUUUGAUCACCCUGUAAUAAAAUCACACAUUUCCAAUAAAAAAUUAAGGUGUGAAGCAUAUAUCUAAACUUUAGAUUCGGAUUCUAAAGUAAUACAAAAACAUUGCAAAAUGUUUAACUUAGAUAGUGACUAGUUUGGACAUAAUGAGCACUUUUAAUUAAUUACAUAAUUAUUAUAAAUACUCUGCCAUUUUCAACUAACAAACUACAUUAUGUAAAAUAAAAGCCAGUCUACUAAAAAGGGUUUCAAUUUUUUUAAAGUUGCCUAAAAAACAGGCCUUAUGUCGCUAAGGCAGAAAAUCUUUGGAAAAAUAAAUAUUUGGCUUCUUCAAAUAACGUAAGUACAUUUCCUAAAUUAAAGAAAAAUUUAUACAAAAAUAUUUGACGCACUAAAAUAGAAUUUGUGAGCACACAAAAGUUUGCAAAAUCUUGAAAUUUGCGACUCGAUCUCUAUAGAAAGCAGUGCACCAAUCGGAGCACGGCAUUCUCCACAGCACACUGGGCGAGAUAAAGAAUGCUGUGCUCUGAUUGGUGCAUUGCUUACCAUUGAGAUUAUAAUAUGUAGAAAGUCGCUUGAUAUAAAAAUAAAGCAUAAGUACUAAAAAAUAUGUACUAUGUAGAUCUACAUCAAAAAGUCCCACUUUAACGUUUAGCGCUGAUUUCACCUUAUUUUUAGUAUGUAAUAAGACGAAAUUAACUUUAAACUGACAGAUAGAUAACCUCAAUUAUUUGACAGCAUUUAUUAUUUAAAUGUAAGUGUAACUUUUUGAUGUGGAACAUGGUACUUAAUAAACAUGGAAUGGCUGGGUAUUUUGAUAAAUUAACAUUUUAUUUUCAAAAGGGUUGAAAAACAAAAAAAUUAACGCGUAAUUAAAAAUACAAGUACACGUGCAAAAAACUUAUAAAAAUACUUUGUCCUUGGGCAAAAUUGUUCGCUUUGCUGGAAAUAUACCGUUUGUUCCCUUAAUUCACAAAAUUUAAAAAAGCAAAAUCAAAUCCGAAAAGCAUUAAUUAGAUAUGUUGAAUCAAUUUUACAGAGUUAAUAGAAUUAAUACCACAGUCGUGAUUUUCUUAUACAUAACCUAAAUUAUUGACAUUUCAUAACGAUGACGUCUCAAAAUGGCAAUUUUUGACAAAUCGUUUUAAUGCGUGUUUGAUUAAUUAAAUUAACCCUAUAAUUGUAAAAAACGUUAUUGCUGUUUGUUAUCAACCUGAGUUAUACAGUAUAUUGGAUAUUUAAGAAAGCUUCAUUAUUAUUAUAUUAUCGUUACAAAUAUAUACAACAUGGUCUUUUUAUAUUAACAAUUGCCUAUAAUUAUUUAUAUACUGUAAAAAACGAGACCUAGCAUCUUGGAUUGCACCAAGGUGCAUAAACGAAAAGGCGGCAAAAUAAAUACGUAUGUACAAAAAACGAAAAAAUUAAACUGUAAUCGAUGGUCCGAUGUUUUUAUUGACCACGUAGAAUUUGUGUUUUACCCCGAAUAUACCCCAAAUAACGGCGAUAUUCUCAAUGACUAAGUUAAAGGGUAUCACGAGAAUGAGGCUGGAUAAGUAAAGUAUCAAUUUAACAGGGCCGUAACGAACCAUUGUGAACGAUUUAAUAACGCCAAAAACGUACAUGUAUAUAUUUACGGCGGCAGUAAAAGCGCACAGGAAGUCGAUUAUUGGGUUACAGGGAAUCGGGAAUUUUGAAGCUAAUAUUAAGUUUGAAACUGAUAGGGGUAGAGUGAGCCACGAAUAGCAGCUGCACCCAAGAAGUAACUUGUUUUUAAGCGGUAUCGAUUUUGAAUGUACCACCAGUAAAAUCCCUUGAAUCCACCUUUUUCUUUGUUGUAUGAAGUCCCAGAGAGUAAAGGGCGACUUUUCCCACAUUUCACCUGCAAGAGACUUGUAUAAAGUUAAAGCUGUAGCCUAGGCUGUAGGCUUUCAUCGCAAAAAAGCAAUCUUCAGCUAUGGAUCCAUCUAGACCGUUGUCAAAAGAAACAGCUUUUUCAGCUGCCACCUUCAAAAAGAAUAAAUAACUUAUCCAAUAACGUAUUUAUUUAUUCUAUGAUUUCUAUUAAUGUUAGAUUAUUUACAUAACAUCCUGUAUAUACAUAAAAUACAUAUUGUUAUUGUUUUUCCCCUUUGAUUAAUUGCGUAAGUAAAAUAGGUCGUAACAAUAAAAUUUAGGCCCGUCAUUCCAGGUGAUAUAUUUCACAGUAUGACGAAAAU